CGUUUUCCCUUGCUCCGACUGUUCAAGGACAUCCUCCCCAGCUUCUCGCGUGUCCAACUCCAGCGACCUUGACACAACUCCCCAGAGACCGCGCGCUGAAGCUUGAGCUCGGUCCCCGCGGCUCUCCUCUCCCCCACUCGUCAUGUCCAAGUCGCUGAAGCCCGACCACGUCCCAUCGGCAGAGGAACUGAAAGAAGAUGUCAUAGCCGCGACGUCGAGUACGGUGCAGAGCUUGCGCGCGCUCGUGGCAGGUGGCGUGGGCGGUGUUUGCGCCGUCGUGGUGGGCCAUCCGUUUGACCUAGUCAAGGUGCGGCUACAGACGGCGGAGAAGGGUGUGUACUCAGGCGCAAUGGAUGUGGUGCGGCGGACGAUUGCGAGGGAAGGGCUGGCGAGGGGACUCUAUGCGGGUGUUUCUGCGCCGCUGGUGGGCGUGACGCCAAUGUUCGCCGUGAGCUUCUGGGGCUACGACGUCGGCAAGAACCUCGUCAAGAGCGUCUCGACCGUCGAAAACAACCAAUUCAGCGUCGCCCAGACCUCCGCCGCCGGCUUCUUCUCCGCCAUCCCCAUGACCGUCAUCACGGCGCCCUUCGAGCGCGUCAAAGUCUUGCUCCAGAUCCAAGGCCAGAAAGAGCUGAAACCGGGCGAGAAACCCAAGUACGCCGGCGGCGUCGACGUCGUGCGCCAGCUAUACAAAGAGGGCGGCAUCCGCAGUGUCUUCCGCGGCAGCGCCAUGACGCUGGCCCGCGAUGGGCCGGGCUCGGCAGCGUACUUCGCGGCGUACGAGGUCAUCAAGCGGCGGUUGACGCCCAAGAACUCAGACGGCACGCCGGGGAAGCUGAGUCUGACUGCGGUGUGUGUGGCGGGUGGUGCGGCGGGUGUGGCGAUGUGGAUACCUGUGUUUCCCGUGGACACGAUCAAGAGCCGGCUGCAGAGCGCGGAGGGGCGGCCGACGAUAGGAGGCGUGGUGCGGGAGAUCUAUGGGCGGGGCGGGCUGAAGGCGUUCUUCCCUGGCAUCGGGCCUGCGCUGGCGAGGGCGGUGCCGGCGAAUGCGGCGACUUUCUUGGGCGUGGAACUGGCGCAGAAGGCGAUGUCGAGGGCGUUUGAUUAGAGAGGAGUGUAUGAAUAAUGAUGCAAUUCAUGGGAUGGUUAGAUUUCGCCAAGGCAGGUAAUCAAGCUUUGAUGUACUCUUUCUGGAUUUUAGGUCUCUUCGAGUUACCGUCGUUGGAUUGAGCUAGAGGAAAUCGCAUACGUUGAAGUUAAGUGAACAUUAUUUUCCGAGUCGAGGCAGAGACAUAUGUCAACUUCAAGAAGCAUAAAGAGGUGUCCGUCGGACGUCUA